AUGUCUGGCUCUGGUCAUGACCAGUCAACAGAUAUAUUUUCUGCUGACGGGCGUGUGUUUCAGGUAGAGUACGCCUGCAAGGCUGUCGACAAUGGCAGCACCGCCGUUGCUGCCUGUUGCAAGGACGGUGUUGUCGUUGCUGUGGAGAAAAUCCUCACAAGCCGCAUGCUGGAGGAAGGGUCCAAUAACCGUAUUCAUGCGGUAGAUCGGCAGGCCGGAAUUUGUGUUUGUGGAGUGCUCCCCGAUGGUCUUGCUGUUGUUUCACGCGCUCGUGGUGAAGCAGAGAACAGUCGAGAUAUUUUUUCCACACCGAUACUAGGCUCCUUGCUUGCGUCUCGAAUCGGCGAGUUUAUGCAUGUUUACACGACUCACUACGCCUAUCGCCCCUUCGGCUGUUCGGUCAUCAUUGCCUCUUAUGCUGACGAUGGCCCGCAGCUUUAUGUCGCCGACCCGAGCGGGGCAGUUGCGGGGUACUAUGGAAUAGCGUUGGGGAAGGGCAAAACGGUGGCCAAAACCGAGUUGGAGAAGCUGGACUUUGCGACUCUGACAUGCAGUGAGGCGGUGGAAAAGCUAACCAACAUCCUCCAUGAGGUGCAUGACAAGUCGAAAGAUAAAAUUUAUGAGGUGGAGGUGGCAUGGGUGUGCGACAAGUCCGAUCGCACCUUCGUGCAUGUGCCGAAGGAAAUGGUACCGCAUCCAACCCCCGCAUCAUAG